ACGCCACGAUUUCACGCCGCGCAGAGCCUCGGUGAUCCUGAAUGUGACGCACGGGGGAGAAGCGCACCGCGCUCCCGGUGGAGGUCCUGCGGGGACAGGACCGCAGCACACCGGCCGAGGCGGACACGCAAACGCGCUGGAGGGUUGUUUUAAAUAAAAUAUUUUACCCAGAGAGCACUCGGCUCCCACGGCUUGCCUCGGUUAAUAGCGAUCAGGAUCAGGGUGAGCGAGGUGGCCGCCGCCUGCAUCUCCCCGCGCGUGUGUGUUAAUGUUUGUUGGUUUGUGUGUGUGUGUGUGUGUGUGCGCGCGCGUUUCUCCCCUCCUCAGCGCACAGGCGCCCUGCACUCCAGUCUGCUGACACACCAGGAGGACAGUCCGCACCGCACCGCACCGCACGCCCGUGUCAUUGGACUCUAUGUGGAUACAAAGCCCGGGCAGCACACAUCCAUGGGGAUACUUUAGUGGGAACUGCAGCCUGCGACCUUUUACAUGAGAACAGUGCAGCACUAAAGGACCUCGGAGAGCCAGAGAACGAGUGCUGGCCUUCGUCUGACUGUGUGACCAGCGAAUGAGCCUUGUUCAUGCGUCUCCCUGCGUGCCACUCCCAUAUCACUAUGAACUGUGAGCAGGACUUUGGAGACGGGGGCUUGGGAGUGACCCUCACACUACGACUGCUCAUGCACGGAAAGGAAGUCGGCAGCAUCAUAGGAAAGAAAGGAGAGACGGUGAAACGAAUACGAGAAGAGAGCAGCGCUCGGGUCAACAUCUCUGAGGGCUCCUGUCCAGAGAGGAUCAUCACCAUCACCGGCUCCACAGACUGCGUCUUCAGAGCUUUCACCAUGAUCACAUACAAACUGGAGGAGGACCUGACUGCGCUGGUGGCCAACGGCACCAUCAGCUCCAAGCCCCCAGUCACCCUGCGGCUUGUCAUCCCUGCCAGCCAGUGUGGCUCUCUCAUCGGCAAGGGAGGGGCCAAGAUAAAGGAGAUCAGAGAGAGCACUGGAGCUCAGAUACAGGUGGCGGGGGAUUUGCUGCCCAACUCCACUGAGCGAGGGGUGACGAUAUCUGGGAAUCAGGACUCCGUAAUCCAGUGUGUCAAGCUCAUCUGCACAGUAAUCCUGGAGUCACCACCGAAGGGUGCGACCAUCCCCUAUCGGCCGAGCCCCUCGCCAGCUGCAGUCCUCAUCGCAGGGAACCAGGUGUUCGACGCGUCAGAAUUCGCACCCCACCCUAUGUACUCAGUCACCCAGGGCGGCCUGGACCUCCAGCAGGCCUACACUUUGCAAAACCAAUACGGCAUUCCACACUCAGAGCUGGCCAAGCUACAUCAGCUGUCAAUGCAGCAAGGCCUGAGUCCCAUUGCCCAGCCUGCGUCGACUAUCAUGCCCGGGAUGGACUCCAACUCUCAGACAUCUCAGGAGCUGCUUAUUCCCAAUGAUCUGAUCGGCUCGAUCAUCGGCCGCCAGGGCACUAAGAUCAACGAGAUCAGGCAGGUGUCGGGGGCGCAGAUCAAGAUCGGCAGCCAGCUGGACGGGACGAGCGACCGCCAUGUCACGAUCACAGGAACGCCGGUCAGCAUCAACUUGGCCCAGUACCUCAUUACCUCCUGUUUAGAGACAGCCAAAUCCACGUCCCAGGCAGCCACCAUGGCAGCUCCGGUCGACCUCAACAUGGCCUUCACCCAGCCAGCCUCCCCAGCUGCCUCCCCAGCACCCACCCUGGCCACCAUGGGCGCCCUGACCCCGGCUCACAUGCUGGGCAGCCCCUACGCCGCCAUGCCCCUGUCCGGCCUGCUGGGGAUGAAGUCUGUCCCCUUUCUGACUCUGUCCAGCCCCGCCCCCGCUGUGGCCGUCACCGCGGCGCCCUCCCACACCUCCCUGGCCGCCUACACCGCCAAAAUCUCCUCAGCCAACUGCAUCAAAAAGCCAGAGAGACAGAAGUUCGCUCCUUAUUGACGUAGUCUCGUUUUUUGUUUUUUUUUCCUCUGGAGAGUCCAGUGAAGGACAGCUGCAGUGUUCUUUCACAAACGCCUGAUGUAGCCAUAUCCGCCGGCAGAGACGCUCUUUUGACUUUUAUUCUACGAUGCACCAACAGAGAAGAGACCAAUGGAGGUGUGGACAAAGCUAUUAAAAACUUAUUUACGGUUAUAGAUAAUUUCUGAGUUUUUGUUUUUUUUUCCCCAUGAGUUGAUGGACCGCUCUCAUCGUCACCUCAUCACUGUCGAUCGAUCACUAAAAAAAAAGGCGGGCUGCGACCUCAGCCUGAGACGCACAUGUCCAAAACAGCUGUUUUCACAUGUGUGUCUCUCAGGUUCGAGGUCAGCUCUGAAGUAUUUAUCCUUCCAUAAAAUUUGUAAAUUAUACUCAGAUGACAAAUGCUCUACUGUAUGAUGCUUUUAUACAAUGUCUAUGUUUGCCUCUUGAAGUUUUUAAGAAAAAUUUGUAAAUGUCUCGGGGGUGAGGGGGAGGGAGGUUUUUUUUUGUUUUUUUUUUGUAACGAUCCGUGCUAUGGUACUGUACUUUUUUCCCCGUUCAGUGUUACGUUUCAAUUUGUUGGAUUUUAUUUUGAACGUGCAACUUGUUUAAUCUUUAUUUAUUAGUAUUGUUUUCAUUUAUUAAAAGUCUUUGUUUCCUGGA